UAGAGGAGCAACAGAUCCUCGGAUGGAAAACAAUUCCACAUCUAGUAUAAAAACCGAGCUCUUGACAGUUAGAAAUUAAUAUUUCAAUGCACACGCGUUCGGAUGAUCACUGAUGGGCGUUCUCAUCUUGUAUGGAGAGAGAAAAAAGUUGCCAGGCUUAGUUUUUCUCCGCGUGGAUUUUGCCAGUGCAAAUUUGGGGUAAGAUUUGGCAAAAAAGGAAAAAGAUCGCCGCGGCUCAGGACCUGCCAGGUACACUGUAACAGGUGGUUUUUAUUCUUGGGCUACUCACUCUGCUUCUGACUGGACUAUUAUUUGGAUAAAUGAGCCACGCAGGCUACUACAAUGACUGGGGUGUGAAAUUCGGGAACACCUUGCAUAUUUUUUGAUAUUGCUCGAGUGGACAUCCGUUUUUAACCCGGGGAGAAAAGCCAAAAAGGUGUCUCUAAAUGAUAAGCUCGGUGUGUGUUUCGUCUUACCGAGGGCGCAAAUCGGGCAAUAAACCUCCGUCUAAAUCAUGUCUGAAGGAGGAGAUGGCCAGGGGGGAAGAAGACGCGGACAAAAUUGUCAUAAAUGUUGGUGGCACGCGACAUGAAACCUAUAAGAGCACCCUCAGGACCCUGCCGGGCACCCGCCUGGCGUGGCUGGCCGACCCGGACACCCAGGUCAGCUCGGACUCGGACUCUGCCCCCGCAGGUACCAAUGAAUUCUUCUUCGACAGGCACCCCGGCAUUUUCGCCUACGUGUUGAACUACUACCGGACCGGUAAGCUCCACUGCCCCGCUGAUGUCUGCGGGCCGCUUUUUGAGGAGGAGCUGGCGUUUUGGGGAAUAGACGAGACCGACGUGGAGCCGUGCUGCUGGAUGACCUACCGCCAGCACCGGGACGCAGAGGAGGCCCUGGACAUCUUUGAACCCCCGGACCCUGACGACACCGACGACGACAAAGAGAUACCGAAGCGGUUCGGCAUCGAGGACUGUCCCGACAGGUCGAGGGGCUGCUUCGAAGUUUGGCAGCCGAAGAUAUGGGCCCUGUUCGAGGACCCGUACUCGUCUAAAGCUGCGAGGGGAGUCGCACUUGCCUCUCUCUUCUUCAUCCUGGUGUCCAUCACCACCUUCUGCCUGGAGACCCAUGAAGCCUUUCAAGACUUGCAGAACCGGACAGAGCACGUUAUAGUGGGCAACAUCACGGUGGAGGUGGAGACAUGGGAGAUAGUGACCAAGCCUGUCCUCACCCUGGUGGAGGGAAUCUGUGUGAUCUGGUUCACCUUUGAAUUCUUGGUGCGUAUCAUCUGCUGCCCAGACAAGGUGGUCUUCAUCAAGAACAUGCUCAACAUCAUUGACUUUGUGGCCAUUCUGCCAUUCUACCUGGAAAUGGGCCUGAGUGGUAUGUCAUCCAAAGCUGCCAGCGAUGUGCUGGGCUUCCUCCGAGUGGUGCGAUUUGUUCGGAUCCUCCGGAUCUUCAAGCUGACGCGACACUUUGUCGGCCUGCGCGUGCUGGGCCACACGCUGAGGGCAAGUGUCAAUGAAUUCCUCCUGCUCAUCAUCUUCUUGGCACUGGGUGUCCUCAUCUUCGCCACCAUGAUAUACUACGCUGAGCGCAUCGGAGCCUUCCCCGACGACCCCACGGGAUCAAUGCACACACACUUCAAGAACAUCCCCAUUAGCUUCUGGUGGGCAGUGGUCACCAUGACGACGCUGGGCUACGGAGACAUGUACCCGCAGACGUGGCUGGGUAUGAUGGUGGGAGCACUGUGCGCACUGGCCGGGGUGCUGACGAUUGCCAUGCCGGUGCCUGUCAUCGUCAAUAACUUUGGGAUGUACUACUCCCUCGCUAUGGCCAAACAGAAGCUGCCAAAGAAGAAGAAGAAGCACAACCCCAACCCGGAUGCACCGACUGACUCGGCCUCAUUCGGGAAGUCAGACACUAACUCUCACAGAGACAGCACUCAGAGCGACACCUGUCCACUGGCUAUAGAUGAGAGUGUUGGCAGAAACCGUUCAGACUCCAAGCAGAACGGGGAUGCAAAUGUGGCCCUUUCAGAGGAGGAGGGCUGCAGCCUGACCCAGCCGCUGUCCCCCAGUGAGAAGUGGUCCCUGCGGUGUUCCCGAGCACGAGACAAGACUGAGAAAGAGGCUACCUGUUUCCUGCUAACCUCUAGUGACUUCUCUUCCCCUGUAGAGCACACCGUCCACACUGAAAGCUGUAAAGACAUCCUUGCUGCCACUGGAAACUAUGCUCAGCCGGAGGUCACCACGCUAACCUGAUGCUGAUUGGCUACGAAAAGGAAAAAAGGUCAUGUUCUCAUGCUGAAACAAGGACACAUGUCGGCCAGAGCUUUCACUCAUGGUCCUUUCCUUUCCCAAGUGAAUGAAAUGCAGACUGAAUUCUUUUGAAUCAGGACAAGAAUACCUUUUUUUUUUUUUUUUCAAUCACACAUUCAAAACCCUGUGGCAGAAAAUCAGAUGCAUAGUAGACAUUAUCCACUCUCAUCUGUAUGUUACAGCUCAUUUUGCAUGUAUUGCAUGAUCUAGCAUUGUAUGAUUUGCCUUGAAAAUGACUAAAAUUAAUGUGCUCAUCUUUUAGCCGACAUAUCUUAGCUUGUCUCGAUCUGAAGCGGUUCUGUUUUUAGUCACAGUUUCGAACCGAAGUGAUUCUGUUUUCAUCACACUGUUUUAAUCCAAAGUAAUUUUGUUUCAAUCACAUUGUUUUAAUUAAAUAUUUUUGAAUAUGAGAUACUGUUACCAUGCAUUUGUGAGCUAGGAGAUUUUUUAAUGUGUGAAAACAAGGUGUUUAGGUAUGGUUAGUUUGAGUUCUUUUUGGAACUCCAAAAAAUUAACUAACUAACUAACUUUGAUGUCAUUUUAAGUCCUGUCUUUUAUCCAUAAAUAUUGUAACAGUUGAUUAAAACACCCACAAUGUGUGAAUAUGGGAUUGUACAGAAGAAAAAAAAAAAAACGUUACUGUGAACUAGAAUUAGAUUAAAAACUUGAAAUAGUUGUUCCAAGCUGUGUCUCAACAAAAUGGAUCCAGAGUGCUUUGUUGAUCAGCCAGUCUCUGCCUUCUGUCACGCCACUGCUAUUUAAUAACAGACCACAGGGACAACAUAAAGAUAUUUGUCCAGUAAAAAGCAUGUUAUGAAUGACGCUCAGGCAACGGAGUCUGUAAAUCCUUGUACAAAAGAGAAAAGAAAACAAGUUGAACGGUAUUGUCUGUCUGUUACCUUCGCUGUAUACAACUGAUGCAUCAUUACUGGUUGACUCGGGACCAAAAUGUAGGCUGUAUUAGAUUACAUGGUAGAUUUUCAUCACCAUUACCAGUGAAAGCAUAGUAAAAAAAAAAAAAAAAUACAUACAUCAGUUCAAGUUGUGCC